CAUGGUUCUCGAUGGUUGGUUGUUGGUUGUUGGUUGCUGCUUACAAAAGUCAGACCUGGAAUGGCAUGUGAUAGAAGGGAGAUACUACUCGGUACAUAUGUUGUACAUGCUCUAUGGCAGCCACUCGGACCCGAAACGCCUCGACAGGAUCGUCAGGCAUGAGCUCGCCGAGCUCAUCCAGAUCAGGGGAGCGUCCCCUGCAGUCGUGGACAGAUAUCUCGCCAAGGUUCUCGACAGCGCGAUGACGGUAGAUAUGUGGAUUGAGUGUUGCAAAGAGAACGCAUCAGUCGUGAUGCACGACCCUGAGACGCGCAAGCGUUCCGGUUUCGCCUACAGAGAGGACCCCACCAUGAUGCAAGAUAUGGCGGCAUUUCGCAACUUGGAUACCUGGACGUCGGCUGAUGGUCGUCCAGUCGAGUUCAUCGCUCGACCCGCCCUGCAGAUCUGGGGAGAUUCAGUCCAGUCGGUUUAUGAAAUGAACGCCCGGGGUCAAGAUGGAGCUCUCAGGAGAUAUGAGCACUCCACCAGCCCGGAAGCGAUCUUCGUUCAAGAUUACCAGGUGCUCCACUAUGUCAGACCAAUGUUGCUUUCUGUGGACCAGUUCCCGGAUCAAGACAAGGAAGAGGCCGAGGAUGAGGUCAAGAAGGACGAACAAAGCACGGAAUAA